AUGCACCAAGGCCUGAUGGUUCUAAUCUAUGACCAUCUUAAGGCCAACCAAAUUGCUCAUAUGCAACCCUCUGUGGAUUCUGAGGAUGAGGGGUCUGACCCUACCUUCUCAAAGGAUGAGGAGUCUGAAAGUGACCCUACGACUGAUACUAAGGACAACAUGGAUGUCUCAAAUUAUGAAAGUGGGAAGAAGAGGAAACACAUCAAAACUAGACCCUCAUCCUCUAAGGGAAAAAAACCUAAAGGUAAACCCUUGAUUAGCAUUUCUAUGGAAGAGGAGACUUUAGAUGACUUUGAGGAGGAGUACCCUCAAGGGUGGCUAAAGAAGAAGACAAAAGCUCACACCGAGGCUAGGAAAAUGCACAAGAAGAAAGAGGAGACUGUUAAGGAACCGGAAGUUCAAAAGCAGGUAAGGGCCCUGGAUGAUGACCAGAACCUGGAAAAGGAGACCAUGGAAGAGGCUCUUAGGGCUGUUGACACUACCAUCCAACACACCCCUAAAGAGAAAAUGGCAACUCCUGAAAAAAGCCUCAACAUCUUGAAGAUUUCAGCCAACAACACCAACACUCUCAUUAACAAGUUGGAUGAUUAUAAGGAAAUCCUGGACAUUGACCCAGAAACGAAAGGAACAGGGGAAGCUCAAGGUCCCAGAACCCGUACCGAAGGCAAAAAGAAGGAUAAAAAACCAAACAAGGAUCUGGAAGACCUUAAAGCUAUCGGGGCAACUUACGACGAGCUGGUGAUGAAGGCAAAGGACUUGUUGAAGAAAAUUUCUGUGUAG